CGUCUUUAUGUUAUGCUAAUCGGGAUAAAUAUUUAUGGCUCGACGCGGUUUAGUCCUUUAGCCUUUCCAGCGAAUUCCAGCUGACGGUCUCAAAACAGGCGUCGACGACAAUGUGGCUAGCUAACCUGACAGCAAGAACAGGCCGAGAGUUGAAGCUGAAAAUGCGGCGUCCGAGUCUGAAGAGCGACCCAACCGGGGGUGAAACCUGUUCUAACGCCCGAAAAUAAACCUCUCCGCUCGGCACAAAAGUGACGGUGUUGUGUUUUUUCCCGUGCUGGCGGGUGAGCCAAGCAUCGAGAGCAAAUGAAGGCUUCCUCAUCCAGGAGCAGUGAAAAAAAUGCGUCGGAGAGGAACAGGCGUUUUGUCCUGCUUCAAUGCGAUUAUCUUUUUCUCGAUUCGGUUUAUUUUGGGGGGGAUUUAAACCUGCAAACUCAACUGCCCAACAACCGCUUUAUUUAAAAACACCAGCGUUUAAACAACACCCAAAGAAGCUCGGACUCGAAGCUGUUUUUUUUUUCCUGCGGGGUUGCCUACAUGCUAGGACGGAUUUUCGGAAAUAUCAGCUCUAGACUACAACAAAACCCCAGCCUGUUACAAGAGAAUAAGGCUGUUACAUGACUGAAUCCAUGCUUCCUGGUGGACAUCUUGUGUCAUGGAUGAUGAUGACGAUCGCCGUCUUCUGGAUAUUUUAGGAGAUGUGGAAGCAUUGAACGAUUAUCUCCAUGGCAGUAAUAGCAAGUCUAUUGGAGAAGAUGACGUGGCAAAUGCAGCUUAUGGGUCAGAUGGAUCUUUUUUCGCUAACGAGACAACUGGCUGCAACACUGGCCUCAAGGAUGACUCUUCUUCAAUGGGUGAAUUUGUGGAGGAUCCAGCUGGAGGAGGCCUCCACCUCUCUAGUAGCCUCUCUUUUAUUGAGGAUGAACUGGGGGCUGGAAGCUCCCCAGAAGGGGUGGACCUUGGUGCAGAGGAUCAGCCGUUUGACAUUCUCCAGAAGUCUCUAUUGGAAGCCGACAUUACGGAGCAGACUUUGGCCCAGGAGGCCAUGUUGGACUGCCAGCCAGCUCCAAAUCUCGUGCAAGCUCCAGUUCCCUUCUCCUCCCAGCUGGUCUCUGGGGGUUAUGGAGGAGGAGUGGGUGUAGUAACCACUGCGACAGCUGCAUUCCCAGCAGGCCAGGUACUGCAAGGAGUACCUCCACUGGCCAAUGGCUCUACCCAGCAUAUUCAGGUCUUGGGUUCAUUUGGGGCAAGUGGAGGUGUAAUGACUCUGAGCAGCUUGGAAAGAACUCCUCAGAUUGUUCUAAGGCCAGGAGUGCCUGUUACUCCAGCAGUGACUGCAGCAGGGGGGCAGGUCUUUGCCCCAACCCAAGGUCAGGUGGGCUUACCUUUCAAAAACAUCCCCCUUCAAAACAUUAUCAUUCAGAGAGGACCUGGAGGGACCCAGGCUAUCGUUAGACCAAUCCAGCCUAAACCCUCUCAAGCUGUGUCUCAGACUGUAUUCAGCCUUGGUCUUCAACCCACUCCCUCUACCCUGAGUAGUGUUGUGAACGCUAACACUGUUACUCCUGGAGGACAGUAUACAGCUAAUGGUUCAGUAGUUGUGCAACCACCAAUGGACCAGCAACAAAUGCAGGCCCAGACAAAUAUAUCACAAGGACAAUUCUUACUACCCAACUCCUUGACGCUUACUCCGUCCAACGCCAUCCACAAUGGCUCUGCCAAUCCCAGCUCAAGCACUCUAAUUGCCAACCAACCCACUGUGCAGAUUGCACCAGGGCAGAACUUCUCUGCACCAGGAAGUCAGCUAAUCCGGGGUCAAGGCCAGGCAUCCUCUUGCCCAGUGCAGCGCCUUCUAGUGACUCAAACUCAGAACUGCACUUCUCUGUCUCCUUUACCCAGCAAUGUGACACAAGAACAAAAAGAUUUUAGACAGAAUUCCUUAUCACCUGCAUUCAAACAGGCGCAGGCCAGCAACAUCCAUUCCCUGAAAACCAUAACACAAGAUUUAACGCUAAACUCUGAGAAAAGGCUAACGAGGACAGAACAGUGAGUUUUCACACGCUGUGAUAUGCAGCUUUUAUUAAGAGUUUAGUGGUUACUUCAUGUCAGCAAGGUAGACUGAGACCUUGAACUAUGUGCUUGAUAAUUCCCAGUGGAUGACGAGUUUGAGGACGUUGCGACUCAGGUGGUGACAAAGACCCAGACCAUGGUCAAUAAAUACAGACGACUGCUGAUGGUGGAGGCUGAACGUUUCAGCCCUUCAUCAGAAUUGGUGAUGAUCGACAGGACGUUCAACCAAGAGGAGCGCAGCAACCUGACACAGGACAAACGCAUGGUGCUAGUGGAUCCAGAUGGCUUCCUUGAGGAAUUCUGCUGUGGAACAAAAUCCAAAGUUUUCCAAGAUCCCCUUCCCUCUCCGUCGGAGAACACUUGUGAUCAGUCAGAACAAGGCUCUGUGGAGCCAGAGCACAGAACAGACUUCCAGCCAGGGUUUGGAGACCCGGGAGGGGGCGGGGUUGCAGGAGCACUUCCCACAGACAGACUCCACCCGCCACACCUAGAAAGCCAGAAGGUUUUGGAACUGAAGAGACCACAUCAGAGCUUCGCGUCGGGCAGCGCCGGCAACAGCCCUGACGCUUCCAACAGUUACGCGCAAGGUAAACACUCACCUUUUGCAGCAGCUGCAGGAGGACAGACUCACUCCCAGGUGUCACCCCACCUCUCGUCCAAGCCUCAGUACUCCCCCCAGCUCACCUCACCCCCUCACCCGGACACAGACUCUGCGUUAGAGGCGGCAGUCAACAGCAUCCUCGAAUGUUAAGACGGAUUCUCCAUAUCAUCCCUAAUAUGUAUAAUUUCUGUUUUGUUUGUAGGUACAUGUGUAUUUUAUUUUAUUUUGUAUAUUUUUUUUGUCAAACUCCAGUGUGGAGAAAGGUUUACUCUAGUGACACGCAGCCAUGUAGCAUUUGUGUCGUUUGCGUUGGAAGGUUUUUGAGGCAUUAUGUCUGCGAAGCGUCAAAGGUGUAGUCGGGCACUUAAAAAGAUCCGGGAAUGUGUGCAAUGAAGCAGAUUAACAGAUGCAAAAAAAAAAAAGAAGAAAAAAAAUAUUGUGUGUUGAUUUAAAAAUCUUUAUUUGAAACCUUUGAAUGCAGGAGCGUUCCUAUCUUCACAAAUUUAACAGAU